GCCUUCACUCGUCAAUCGUCAUGCCGUCAGGUUGGUAGCAUUUGCACGUGAAGUUCUUUUCACUAAACACGUUGCGGGUUAAACGUGAAAAUGAGUUCCUUGAAACUUCAAAAGAGGCUAGCAGCCUCGGUAAUGCGAUGUGGUAAGAAGAAAGUAUGGUUGGAUCCAAAUGAAAUCAACGAAAUCGCCAACACCAACUCAAGACAAAACAUCCGUAAGCUCAUCAAGGAUGGUCUUAUCAUCAAGAAGCCAGUGGCAGUACACUCCAGGGCCCGUGUACGCAAGAACACUGAAGCUAGAAGGAAGGGAAGGCAUUGUGGAUUUGGAAAGAGGAAGGGUACGGCAAAUGCCCGUAUGCCUCAAAAGGAACUGUGGGUGCAGCGCAUGCGCGUCCUCAGGCGCCUCCUCAAAAAGUACAGGGAGGCCAAGAAAAUCGACCGCCAUCUUUACCACGCCCUGUACAUGAAAGCGAAGGGUAACGUGUUCAGGAACAAGAGGGUCCUUAUGGAGUACAUCCACAAGAAGAAGGCAGAGAAGGCCAGGGCCAAGAUGCUGUCUGACCAGGCUAACGCCAGGAGAUUGAAGGUGAAGCAGGCCAGGGAGCGCAGGGAAGAAAGGAUCGCUACCAAGAAGCAGGAGGUGCUGGCUAAUUACCAGAGAGAAGACGAGGCUGCUGCAGCCAAGAAAUAGGGUUUAGGAUGUGACUAUGAUUAAAUAAAGAUGAGAGUUUUUCGAUUGAUG